GGCGGCGGCGGCGCUUGGUGUUUAUAUAUUUGCCGCUGCCGGGGCUGAUCGCGAGGCGGCAGAGCGCGAGGGCUGCGGUUGCGGCUCCUGGAGGCUCCCUUUUGGGCGCUAUGCGGACUUCGGGAGAGGAAGAGGAAGAAGGGGAAGAAGAAGCAGGAGAAGGAGGUGGCAGGUAGCCCUGGGAAGGAGAGGAUGGCGACUGGCGGCAGGAGGAACAGCCGAGAGUCCCGGGCGACCCUGCAGCACCAGCACCAGCAGCACCGUCGCCCUCCUUGGCUGCGCGGCGCCCGGGGAUCAGACGGAGGCGCCUCUUCCUCCUCCUCCUCCUCGCCCGCCAGGUGGGCCGGUGCCCUGGCCCUGCUCUGGGCUUCGUGCCUCUGCUACUGGAACUCCCUCCGGGGAGAGUUCGUGCACGACGACGUCUGGGCCAUCCUCAACAACCGGGACGUCCGCCCCGGGACCCCGCUGGCCUCCGCCUUCGCCGACGACUUCUGGGGGAAAGGCAUGGGCGAGGAGGCCAGCCACAAGUCCUACCGGCCCCUCUGCGUCCUCAGCUUCAAGUUGAAUAUAAUGCUGGCUGGAAUGAAUCCCUUUUAUUUCCAUGCCGUGAAUGUAGUCCUGCACUGCCUGGUGACACUUGUGCUGAUGUAUACUUGUGACAAAGCCGUUUUCAAGGACUGCCGCUUGGCUUUUGUCACAGCUCUCUUCUUUGCUGUCCAUCCUAUUCACACUGAGGCUGUAACGGGUAUAGUAGGCAGAGCAGACGUAUUGGCUUGCCUCCUAUUUCUUUUGGCUUUUCUCUCCUAUAAUAGGAGUGUGGAUCAGCUUUAUGUUGGGGAACAUUUCCCUCCCACUGCCUCUGUCUCCUUUUUGCUGCUUAGUUUAUUUCUUGGGACCUGUGCAAUGCUGGUAAAGGAAACAGGGAUCACCGUGUUUGGAGUCUGCUUGGUGUAUGAUGGCUUCCUGCUUUCUCAAAAUAGACCCAAAUUUAAAAACGGAGGGAUGCCUUACAAGUUGCCUCGACAGCCUGCUACUUCACUGCCUGCUUCAUUGCAGUUUCCUUCAUCCAGCUGGGAGAAUGGGAGGCAUCGUGUGGCUCACAAAGGGACAUGGAACUCCUGUCACCCUGCAUCUCCGGAGGAGCGGCAGCACAGCAGCCUUUCUGUCUUCAGCAAAGCUGUAGUAGCUGUGCUCAGUUACAUGACAACAAGUAACAAACAGAGGUUCUUACAUAUCACAAGACCUUUUUUAAAGAGGGCUGCCUUGGUACUUGCAUAUGUGAUCCUACUUUUGUAUUUUCGUCUCUGGAUAAUGGGAGGUUCCAUGCCCGCAUUUUCAGAACAGGACAAUCCAGCUUCCUUCUCGCCAUAUCUCCUUACAAGGUUUCUAACUUAUUCCUACCUCCUGGCCUUCAACGCCUGGCUGUUGCUGGCUCCUAUCACUCUGUGCUAUGACUGGCAGGUUGGGAGCAUCCCUUUGGUGGAAUCAGUCUGGGAUGUUAGGAAUUUUGCCACCAUUCUCUUGGUGGUGGUGAUGCUGCUGCUUGGUCUACAUUGUAUAGUGGCAUUCAAGAAACUGGAACACAGAGAAGUUCUAGUUGGCCUGUUGUUCCUGGUUUUCCCCUUCAUACCAGCUAGCAACCUCUUCUUCAGGGUGGGAUUUGUUGUGGCAGAGCGCGUCCUGUAUAUGCCUAGUAUGGGGUACUGCAUCCUCUUGGUUCAUGGCUUAAACAAGUUUUGCACAUGGCUGAAUAAAUGGGGAGUCACUGCAAUGACUAUGUCGGCUUUGCUUCUGCUCUUAUUCUCUUGGAAAACCGUGAAACAAAAUGAAAUUUGGUUGUCAAGAGAGUCCCUUUUCAGGUCAGGAGUCCAGACUCUGCCCCAUAAUGCCAAGGUCCACUAUAACUAUGCUAAUUUUUUGAAAGAUCAGGGUCGUGACCGUGAAGCCAUCUACCACUACAAAACAGCACUUGAGUUGUAUCCCCGUCACGCAAGUGCCCUGAACAACCUUGGGACAUUGACCAAAGACCUCACAGAGGCAAAGGAAUACUACAGGAGGGCCCUCCAGCUAAAUCCACAGCACAAUCGAGCCCUCUUCAAUCUUGGAAAUCUACUCAAGACCCAGGGGAAGAAGGAGGAAGCUGUUCUCUUACUGAGAGAUUCCAUUCAGUAUGGACCAGAAUUUGCAGAUGCUUACUCCAGUCUUGCAUCGCUGUUGGCUGACCAGGACCAGUUAAAAGAAGCUGAGGAAGUAUAUCAGGCUGGAAUAGAGAACUGUCCAGAGAGCUCUGAUCUUCAUAAUAACUAUGGGGUCUUCUUAGUCGAUACUGGAUCUCCAGAGACUGCAGUUUCCCACUACCAGAAGGCCAUCCAGCUGAGCCCAAGUCAUCAUGUGGCCAUGGUGAACCUGGGUAGGUUGUACCGCUCCUUGGGACAGAACAAAGAAGCUGAAACUUGGUACAAACGGGCAUUGAAAGUGACACGAAAGGCUGAAAUUCUGACCCCUCUUGGAGCACUGUAUUACAACACAGGGCGAUACGAAGAUGCACUAAAGGUGUACAGAGAAGCUGCAGCACUUCAGCCAUCCAAUAAGGAUACUCGUCUGGCCCUGGCUCAGGUUUUGGCAAUGAUGGGGCAAACCAAGGAAGCUGAACAAAUGACCAAUCAUAUUGUGACCGAAGAGGCUGAGUGCCUGGAGUGCUACCGCCUUUUGUCAGCUAUUUACAGCAAACAAGAGAAUUACAACAAGGCACUUGAAGCCAUAGACAAAGCUCUACAGCUGAAACCAAAGGACCCCAAAGUCAUAUCAGAGCUCUUUUUCACUAAAGGAAAUCAGCUCAGAGAGCAAAACCACUUGGACAAAGCUUUUGAGAGCUAUAAAGUGUCUGUAGACUUAAACCCAGAGCAAGCACAAGCCUGGAUGAAUAUGGGAGGCAUUGAGCAUAUCAAGGGUAACUACAUCACUGCACGCAACUAUUAUGAGAAGGCUUUACAGCUCGUUCCAAAUAGCAAGUUGCUAAAAGAGAAUUUGGCUAAACUGGAUCGCUUGGAGAAACGGCUACAGAAUGUUAAAGAGAGAACAUAACAGGAUCAUCCCUUUGAGUGUAUGCCUCCCAGUGAUGAGCAAGUGCUAUAAAAGCCACAGUUUUCCUUCAAAACAGCAGCCAGCUGAAAGGAAUUGUGGGUGCAGUGGUGACCCAGAACAAGAGGACCAUAUAUAGGAAUUGUACCGAAACUGCCAAAGCUAUGGAAGUCCUCCUGCUGCUGGAUAUGCUGUACCUUGGGUGGAAACUUAAUCUUAAUCCAGAUGUUUGCUUGGGUGGAUUUGCCUCAUACCAUUAGCAUUCAUACCAUUAACAUUUAUAGAGAGAAUGCUUAUAUAAUGCUGAAAUCUCUGAUUCUUAAAAUUAAAAUAACACAUUGGGACAAUGGUUGGAAGUGGAAAUAAUGGCCUGAUUCACUGAGGACUGAAUAGGAUGGUCCCCUUUGUUCAGUCUUGCUAAGAGGCAGUGGUAGCCAUAGCUGAGGGAAAUAGCAGCCAUCUUAGGUCAUCCUAGUGAUUAUUGUCACAAGACCUGGGAAAUUGCAGUCCAUCAUCCAGGAUGGAAAUGUAUACACCAUAUUUUCCACUGCGUACUUCAGUCAUGAGUGUGACUUCAGAAAAAGAAGUCCUGCAUGCAAAGCAUUUGUUUUUGUGAUGUUUAUAUACAAGAUAUCACACCAGUGGUUGGAGUUUAGGGCUUCUUCUUUUCUUGGUCAAAAUAACAAGGUUGCUUUACUGAAAAUCAUUGAAUGGAAAGGAACAUCUCUAAAAAGAGCUGAAGCACACUUCAGAAUAUUUCAGUAAUGUUAAGGGAUCACAGCUAUUCCUUUAAAAAUUAUGUUGUUCAAAAAAUGAGAGCCAUGCAUGUGAGAUUUCUCCCACUCAGCCACAGAUGCUUCUGCUGCCUCGGAGGCUGAUUCAGGAGGAACUCCUGAGUGCAGCUUGUGAGGAGAUGGCACAAAGGUUUCUGUGAGAAGUAGGGCCUUAUGAAGCCUGCUAAGCACAUUGAACCUUCCUUGGUGGCCACUUUGUACACUGGCCAAUAAGAGAGACAAUAGGACCUCCUUUUCCCCCCCAACCUGCCAUGCCAUCUGGGGCUUUCUGGGAGCUCUAGUCUGAAAAUAUAAAUUUUUCCAAGUAUCCUUGAUGUGUUUAUGGGACUUGGAAGAAUGAGUGAAGAAUGGGAUUUUUGAGACAUCUUUUCUUUUGACAUGUAGAAAUUUCAUUUCCUCUCUUGUUGACAAAAAUAUGUGAUGGAGAAGAGAGUUCAUAUUACUGAGUUUGGGUUUUUCAUGUUUGAGUGUUAUUUAUUCAACAUAAUAAAAUGCCAUAUAUUUCACAUUUCUCUGUGUGAGGAAAAAUUAGAUGGUAUCUUUCAUAACUAGAAAUGUAACUCAACAUGUGGCUAUUGCUCUUAUUUUUAUGAAGGUAGAGAAGGUAGCAGCCACAAGGCAGUGGAGGAAUGUAUGUUAAAUUAUUCUGUUGAUAUUCCUUGAGUUCUCAGAUGCCUCCAGUGCUUGGUACAUACUUCUGUCAACCCUUUUGUGAGGGUUGUGAUAAAGGAAGUGACAGCUUACUCAAAUGAGGAUUCCUUGUCUUCAUUCAGUAGCUCAACUGUAAUGUUCACUGAUCAAGAUCAUGAUCUUAAGGUCCUCCAUCAAUGUAACUGUUGGAUGGUAUCACUGAGAUUGCAGACACUCUUCAGAGAGAAGCCCCAGACAUGUGCAUCACAAAGUGCCAAAAUAUAGAGCUCUGUAAUGUAGUUUUAUUCCUGCCUCCUGGUGAAAAUUGGCACCAUUGUGAAUUGCUUGUAAGAGCAUUCUUUCCUUAUGUGGUUCCCUUCAAGUAUUUCUGAUUACAGCUCCCCCUGAUUGCUGAUCAUUAGGCAUGUUGCAUGGGGAGAAUGGGAACUGUAGUCUGCAUCUUCAGGAGCUUUGGAGAAGACUGUUGUGGAAUUACUGUCAUUGAGAGAAUAUGAAAGACCAUUUACAAACUGAUAACUUUCCUUGGCAUACAUGUGCAUACUCCAUAAAUCUCUUGUUUAUAUUAUAUUGCCAAAUAAUGAGAACGUUCUUACCACAUGUCUAGAAAUCUGGGGAAUGGUUAAUGAUUCCUGCUACUUGGCAGGGCCAUACUGCCCUGGGCCUUUUGGCAACUGUCAGCCCUUUAUAACCUAUGGUUGCUGGGAGGAGGGCAGUUUGGGGAAAGUUGAAUUAAAUUUGAAAUGUCUGAAACUAUUCUAGAAUAGCAAAGAAGUGGCUGUUAAGAUCUUUGGGUGCUUCUGGUGAAGGCUUUUAUUAUCUUUUUUUGUGCAGCAGCCUGCCUGAUUCAUUGCAUUUUCCAGGAAUCCAGGCUAGGGAUGUAAAUCUUUACUUGUUUUGUUUUGCACGCAAGAAUUGGAAAAUGUUAGUAACAACAAAAAUCCUGCUGGUUAAGAUUUUUUUUUGUGCCUUUUUUUCCCUUUAAAGCAUUUUUGUUUAUUUUUUUCUUUAAAAUUUGUUGCAUUUUGGCACUUUUUUGCAAACAAAUGCCCACAGUGUUUUUGCUCAAGUUCCCCCGCCACAAAAUGCAAUGAUUUUUCACAAAAACAUUAAAACAAAACAAAAAAUAGGGAUGCUGGUCUUUUUGCUUUUGUACAGGAAUGACUGCCAUGUUUUUUUUCAUUCCAAGAUGAGAACAUUUGUGAAUAUUUUUAAUAUUCCUGGUUUAGACAGCAAAAUCUGUAACUGUCCAUCUUUUCCAGUAAUCUUUUCAGGGUUUUUUGUGGGGAAAGGGUUGUCUUACCACAGAAAAUCUGCUAAGAAGGGAGAGAAUAACUUUAUAAUGCCUUUUGAUUGGUACCACUAGGAAACCAUCUGAAAGCACCCUUUACUGAGAAUAGCAAGUUAACUUUGAGUGGCCUUAAUGGUUUAGUAAUGUGGCCCAGUGAAACGAGAGCUGGGAGACUUGGGUUCAAGCUCUGUUUCUACUGCCUCUGCACAUUAUAUGUUAGCAUCAGUUAUUCAUAUGUGAAAUAAGUAUAGUAGAGUGUUGUAUUUCACAGGAACAUUAUGAUGGCAAAUACAAGAAAAAUGUAAGCCAUAUAAAUAAAAACUGCUAUGUAAAUCAGGGAUGAUGGUGUAUACAGACAAAGGUUUAAAUACUGGAAGAAGUGCAGCACAUUUUUGUUUCAAUUUUUAAUAUAACUCUAAACUUUUAAAAUAGUGUUUGCAAGUAAUUAAAGCUUGACCUUGAGUCAGCUAAGGUUUUUUAGCCCAUGACUUAAACCUACUAUAUCAUCCACAUUUCUUUAUCAUUUUAAGUGGAUGGGAGGCGAUUGUAAAGUAGAAACCCAUUGAGCAUAAAUAUUCCAAGUAAAAACUGUGGCAAGCAAAGCAUAAUUCCCUAGGAGGUUCUACUCAGCAAAUUCCUAUAAAAUAAGAACUUCCUGAUAGAUUGUGCAAAUAGAUUGAGAUCCAGUGAACAUUAACACAGAUUUGUCAUGAGAUUACAUGUCCCUGAAUUAAUCCGUGACAUCUUUGGCUGGCCAGUGAUGGGAAAGGCUUCUACCUAAGUCCUGAAGAGGUGCUGCUCUUGGUUCAAAACACACUGCAGAAAUAAUCCAGUUUGGUCAGCUUUAAUGGCCCUGGCUCAGUGCUAGGGAAUCCUGGGAAUUGUAGUUUAUUGUAGUUCCAGACCUCUCUGACAGAGA